CAGCAGGUCCAGGGAGGUGGUUCUGCCCUUGUGCUCAGCACUGGUGAGACCGCACCUCGAAUCCUGUGUUCAGUUCUGGGCCCCUCGCCACGAGAAGGAUGUUGAGGCUCUGGAGCGUCCAGAGAAGAGCAACGAAGCUGAAUGUCAGACAGAAUGUCCCUCUGAGAGCAUGUCUGCUUUCAACCAGUGUUUUUCCAGACACUGUUCAUUCUUGAAGAUGAUAACGCCUUGUGUUCAGUGUGAUCUGUGCCGGACAGAUGCGUCUUCUCUACUCUCUCUGUUUGCAGCCUUUGCCCAUUGAUACAAGAAGUAUUUACUAUUAAAAAGAAAUGGAAUAUUUUGAUCUAAGCUAAACACCAAGAGAAGCCGGGGCCAGCAGGAGUCACGGCAAAGGUUGAUGAAGGUGGCGUUCCUCCUCUCCUCGGCCGCUGCUGUCGGUGGCCUCCUGGGCUGGAGCUGUCUGGGCAGCGAGGAUGGGCUCACAGAGGUCCUGGCUCAUCGCAGUGAGAGCCUACAGGACAAGUUCAUCGAGGUCCCCUGCUCAGAGGACUACAACAGCCACAAAAGAUUUGAAGGGUGCACUCCUAGAAAGUGUGGAAGAGGUGUAACCGAUGCAGUCAUCACAAGGGAAGAAGCUGAAAGAAUCCGUAGAAUAGCAGAGAGGGGACUGUCCUUGGGAGGAUCUGAUGGAGGGGCAUCAAUUUUGGACUUGCACUCUGGAGCCCUGUCACUAGGGAAGCAUUUUGUUAAUCUGUACAGGUACUUUGGGGAGAAAAUUCAAGACAUUUUCACAGAAGAGGAUUUUGCGUUAUAUCGUGACGUGAGACAGAGAAUUCAACAAAGGAUUGCUCAGGCUUUUGGCAUCAGCUCUGCUUCCAUGUACCUGACGAAGCCAACAUUCUUCUCAAGAAUAAACAGCACAGAAGCUAAGACAACGCACGAUGAGUACUGGCACCCGCACGUUGACAAGGUGACCUACGGCUCUUUUGACUACACUUCACUGCUCUACCUCUCUGACUACGCUGAAGACUUUGGAGGUGGACGGUUUGUCUUUAUGGAUGCAGGUUCCAACAAGACGAUAGAGCCUCGAGCAGGCCGGGUUUCCUUUUUCACCUCUGGAUCGGAGAACCUUCAUCGGGUGGAAAAGGUUCACUGGGGCACUCGCUAUGCCAUCACCAUCUCUUUCACUUGCAACCCAGACCAUGGCAUUGGGGAUCCAGUCUUGAUGUAAUUCCUCCAGGGAUGGAUCAUGUUGAUGAAUGAGAGAAGCCCUGCAAGAGGAGAGGAAAGAGGGAGAUACAACAUCUCUUGUGACUUCACAUUCGAUUAGAAUUUCCCAACUGUAUUAAUGUGCUGUAAUACAUCUUGUUUUCAUAUGUCCUUUUCCAUAAGUGUUGCAAUCAGUGCCUUAAAGACCAUCUUAAAUUUGAUAUAUUCUGAAAAAUGGUUUGUUUUCAUGUCCCAGAGGGAUAGACUCCAAAAGAAUCUGGGAGUGGGCUCUCUUUUUUUAAAAUUAUUUUUGUUUAAUUCUCUAGUUUAAAAGAGACAAACAGUCCUUUGGACCACGUCUUGCUGUGGCUCUCUGUGCUGCUGUUACCUGUUGUUCAUUAUUUAGUCUCUUCAGUAACUGAGGGGAUGUAGAAAGCUUGACCCAAAUUAAUGGAGCAAGAGGAAUGUUUUUCUAUUUAACAUACCUUCUGGUGAGAGGAAUAGAUUCUCCUCCCCGUGGGCAAUGCUCCUGUGGUUUGACUACUGGGACUUACUUGAAUUUUUUUUUAUUGAAUUACUACAAAUAUUUUCUGCUACAGACUGGGAGCAGUUAAUACAAAGUCAGACACACCAUUCUCUGGUUAUCCAGAAAACACACUGCUUUUGGAUUACAAAUGCUUUGGUGUGCUGGGGGAUGCCAUGGUGUUGCAUCCCUCUGAUGCUGAUCUCUUACCAUUCCCAACUUGCCUCAUUUUCUCUUGAGUCAUAGUGAAAAUAAGUCUUCCUGUUGUUAACGUCCUGCCGGAAGUUACACUUUCCCCAGUAUUAAGAGCUCUUGGUGGAGGUGGUUUGACCAUGUAACUGUCUACACGAAGCGAAUACUAAAAAGGAGAGCUGGGCAGAGAAAAACAGACAGUCCUCUGGAUUCAUCAGAGCAUGCAUCAAUUCCUAAUUGCCAGGUAGGGCAGUAGGAUCGUGGAGGGGAACAGCUGAGGGGUAAAAAGCCACGCGGACCGGUGGACUGUGGGAUGUGGGGCUGGAGGGCAACUGCUGUCCACCUGCAUUUUAAAUUGAUACGGUCUUGAGCUGGAGCUUGAUAAUAAAACCAAAUAAAUACAUAUUUUCAAUGUACUCUUAAGAGUAAGGUGAAGAAAACUUGUUUAUUUUUAGUGUUGAUGCAACUACAAAUCUUGAGUUGUGAAAUACUGUGUUUUCUCUUGCCUAAACCAAUGUUUUGUUUGUUGCAAAAAGUUCUGGACUUCUCUUUUUCAGUUUAGCAUGAAGAUUUUUUCCUUUUAUUAACUAAGACCGUUAGUCUGUGGUGUUCCUUGAAUAACGAAUUGCAAGGACUUCGGAGAAGAGGGGAUGAUUGCACAGCAGUGCAGACGGUAACAAGAGGAUGCACAAUCUUGCUGGCUGCUUUGCUUUCUUAUUACAAUCAAAGCUUUUUGCAGGUCAGUGUGUCGAUAGGUAAAUGAUAGGAAAAUCGUUUUUCUCAAUCAAAUUCUAAAGCAAACAUGUUGAUUUGUUUUAUUAAUAGUCUGUAAUUUCUGUGAAACAUUUUUAAAAUCUGGAAAGCUUUGAUUUUUAUUUUAUGUGUACAAUUUUUACUUUUGUUUUAAUUUACCUUUUUAUGGAAAUAAUAAAUAUUAGGGGGAAUUAUAGUGUAGAUCAAUAUAUAAAGGAAUGAUGACAUGACACUUGGACUUGUUCUGUUGGGAAUGUUCUCAUUUGGCAUGCCAGCAAGAUUAGUCUUCUGUAGUUUUUCUUUGUUCUCAAACCUGAUAAAGGCUUCCUUGUCCAUGUUA